ACCUUAUUUUUAUAUUAUCAUUACUCAUUUAUUUCUUUACACAUAUAAGACGCGUUUUUGUUUGGUAGUGUUUCCCUGGUAACUUUUAAAACAAUUAUUUAGUUUUAACUGGACAAUGCGUUAUCUCUAUUUUUUUAAUUAAGAGGGGGUGGGAGUAUUAUUAACUUGUAAGAGCCAUAUGGUCCGUCCUCGUGCGGCUGACGCAAUGUUCUCAGUCCGACGGCGACUCAUGUGGUCGGUGGGCAAUGUGACUUUAAUAACUUCUCACAAACACUCCGCUUUGACCCAAAAUGGCAGGAGCUUUAUCCCAGUUUCUUCUGACUGGGAUGCUGCUGUGUGGGCUGCUGCUCCAUGCGUUGUCCCAACAUGGAGCCAGCAAUGAUAGUCCCAGUAAGAGGCCCAACUUCAUCAUCAUACUUGCAGAUGAUAUAGGCUGGGGUGACCUGGAUGCUAACCAGCCUGAAGUGAAGGCAAACAACACACCUCACCUUAACCUGAUGGCCGAGCAAGGACUAAGAUUAACAGACUUCCAUUCCCCAGCCUCAACCUGCUCACCAUCCCGCGCUGCCAUCCUGACAGGCCGCUAUGGUCUAAGAAAUGGGGUGACGCAUAACUUUGCCGUGCGAUCUGUGGCAGGUCUGCCUCUCUCUGAAGUUACAUUUCCCCAGCUACUACAGAAGGCAGGAUAUUACACAGCCGUGAUUGGGAAAUGGCAUCUGGGCCACAACGGACCAUAUAGUCCAAUUAACAGAGGUUUCAAUUACUACUUAGGUAUUCCGUACAGUAAUGACAUGGGCUGUACUGACAUACCAGGAUAUAACCUUCCCCAGUGCCUCCCCUGUGACGCAUUUGGACCUCAAGUGUUCAGGUUGAAGAGGAGUGUACACGAGGGCUGUUAUUCCAAAGUAGGCCUUCCACUGGUUGAAAACAGCAGCAUUGUGGCGCAGCCGCUUGACCUGUGGACACUAACAGAACAAUACAAAUCUGCUGCAACGAGGAUUAUACACAAUGCAAGGGAGCGAGGACAGCCCUAUCUGCUCUACAUAGCAUUGGCUCACAUGCAUGUUCCCCUGGCCCCCCCGCUCCCUGCAGAUGCCCCCACCGCUACUCACCACCCAAAUGACGACAGAGUGUAUGGUGCCAGUCUGCGAGAGAUGGACAGUCUGGUGGGGGCAAUAAAGAGCGCUUCUGAUGACACAGACAAAAAUAAUACUCUCAUCUGGUUCACCGGUGACAACGGUCCAUGGGAACAGAAGUGCCAGUACGCUGGAAGUGUAGGACCUUUCAAGGGAAAGUGGCAGGCCAGCAGAGGUGGAGGCUCAUCUAAGCGGACCACCUGGGAAGGAGGUCACAGGGUGCCAACAGUGGCCUAUUGGCCUGGGAGGAUCCCUGCAAACACCAACAGCUCCGCCCUGCUCAGUGGAAUGGACAUUUUCCCAACUCUUCUGUCUCUGGCAGGAGUAACACCUCCCUCCGACAGACGUUAUGAUGGCAUUGAUGCCACAAAUGUCCUUCUGCGGGGUGAACAGACUGGUCAUGAGUUUCUUUUCCACCCUAACAGUGGUGCUGCGGGGCAGUUUGGUGACCUGCAGACGGUUCGAUCGGGAAAACACAAAGCGUUCUACAUCACAGGUGCAGCUGAGUCAUGCGGUGGUGCAACAGGAAAGCAGCAGCUCCAUGAUCCACCACUGAUAUUUGACCUAGAGCAUGACGCGGCUGAGGAGACACCCCUGGAGGCCAGGACACCUGAAUACCAGGUGGUAGCAGAGAGGAUCGCCCGCAGGAGGGAGGAGCUGUUAUGGGACAUUGCCACUGACCAGUCCGUGUCCACAGCAGACUACAGCAUGGACGAAUCGGCCGAGCCCUGCUGCGACCCAAGGCAGGGCUGUUUGCCGCUGCCACCCGCUGGGCCGGGGAUGGGAACUCGCAGGCAGAAACGCUCACACAAAAGGGCGAAGGUGAAGUAAGCAGAUGUCAGCAAACACACAUGGGAGCAAAUAUCUCCUUUGGAUGUGCUCAGCUGUUUGUUUGUAGAAUUUGUUGUUUGGGAAGGUUCAAUGUCCAGAUGCAGCAGGAGAUGUGCAAACAAAGAGAGAGAGCUAAGAGAAGCAGGAGGCCAAACUUUGGCUAUUUGGUCAUUAGCCUGCUGGUAGAGAAGAGGUCCUGAUGAGGUAGUUCUCUGUGAGGUCGAUAAUUUGUGGAAAAUAAGAUCAAUCAAACAGUGUAAACAUGCUGAGUAAAUGUAAUUAAAUGUGAGAGAACUACUGUUUUUUAAGCAGCUGAGGUUUCAGGGUACAAAUAUUUAGCUCUGUUAUUAUUUUGUUGAAUGUUUGAUGAGAUUUGACACAGGAUUUAAACACUGACUUAAACACUUCUGCUAUUCUUAAAUCAAAACCAGACAGUGCAGAGGUUGAGUCACUUCUCAGCUUUAAUGAGUCUCUGUGGUAAAUGUCCAGUACUGAACAGCUCAAUGCAGCGUAAGGGUGUCCUAACAGUGCCACCUUUUGGCAACUCAAAUGGUAUUACCAUGUUACUUAUUACAACAGUACUAUAUAUAAAUGUUAUAUGUACAUUAUACACACAGUAAAAAUCCUCAAUAUAUAUUUACGCAUGGUCAGUCUAUGCAUUGAUGUGUAAUACUUAAAAACAUUUUGCAAAAGAAUAAUUAAUACAUCAAAGUAAAAAUGACUAUGACUUAACAUGUUAACAUAUUCAGCAUCAUGUUGUAAAUAAAAAGGUCUUCAGGAUAUCACUGAAA